GAUGUUCCCUUAUCUUGGAAUGUUGUGCUUCAAAGAUAUUUUGACCCGACACCAACUUCUACGGAACUGACACUUGUUUCAGACAUCUUCUCCAAGUGGAUAACAACAUGGCGUGGCUUUUCAUGGUCUCCAGCGGGAAACUUGAAGAAAUCCGAGACUCGGCGUUCCUGUCACAUCGUACAGAUCAAGUCCCCGUGCCUCGAGGAAUUCAUAACCGCUGGGGAUCCACCUUUUUGCCUCGUGUUCACAAUCCGACGUAUCCACUACCAGAAAAUACAUCACCCAGGACACUAUACGCGUGGUUUCCGUCUUCUUUGACAAUACGCUGAACACAUUAUCAUCUUAGCCUGUUUGGUUGGCAAGCGAACUUUGGUCGCCUGAUUGCUCCCGUCUCUGGUCAGCAGAGGUGCUUAAUGAUGGCGGCAAAAUUCACUUUAACCGGCGGUGUUCUAUACCUGUAGCGGUUGGUCUGACUUGGAAAUCCUACUGGAUUGAGAUUGAGAUUGAGAUUGAU